AUGGUAUGCGCGCCCGCUGCUGGAGCUAAGAAGCAAAAGAAGAAGUGGUCCAAGGGCAAGGUCAAGGACAAGGCCCAGCACGCCGUCCUCCUCGACAAGACCACCUCGGAGAAGCUCUACAAGGAUGUCCAGUCCUACCGCCUCGUCACCGUCGCUGUUCUCGUCGACCGCAUGAAGAUCAACGGUUCCCUGGCCCGCCAGUGCAUCGCCGACCUCGAGGAGAAGGGCAUGAUCAAGCCGGUGGUCUCGCACAGCAAGAUGAAGAUCUACAGUAUGACCGCGACCGCCCCGAACAUGAAGACGACGAAGAACGCUGAGACUAACGCAUUUCUGCAGCCCGCGCCGUUGGCGGUGCCUAAGUUGCUCGAGCGGAGGAGGUGGAAGCUGGAGAUAUGGCGUCUAACUGGCCUCGACGAACAAUCGGCCAUUGGAUCGGAGGAUGUUCACGGCACAAAAUGCCCGGAUGGGACACAUUUCAUGCUCGGUGUAGCAUACAUAGGGACCGGAGUUGUCCUUCAGCAUUCGGCAACGGAAUCAAAAGAUCUUCAAACACCAUGUGGUCUCGGCAUCACUGUGACUGCAGAGUUCAUCCGGACUCUCGGAAGUAGGGCAUGGUUGACGGAGGCCAGCCUCUGCAAAACGUAG